AUGCAGUACGCUCUGGCAGCCUCUACCCUCCUCUUCGCCACCACCGUCCUCUCAGCAACCCACGAGGUCCAAGUCGGCCCCGGCCUCACCUUCAACCCCGACUCCAUCAGCGAUGUUGCCGAAGGCGACGUCAUCGCCGUAACCUUCGGCGCCGGCCACGACAUUGCCCAAUCCACUUUCGCCGACCCUUGUCAAGCAAUGGAAGGCGGCAUCUACUCUGGCUCUUCGCCCUCUGACGGCGACGUCUUCUCCUUCGAGGUCAACAGCACAGACCCCAUGUGGUUCUUCUGCAGCGUGGGCCGGCACUGCCAGGGAGGCAUGGCUCUAGCCAUCAACCCUACCGAACAAAACACAAUCGACGCGUACAAGUCCGCGGCCGCGGACACCACCUCUUCGUCACCUUCAGACGAUACUGUCGUUGGCGGCACUUUCGGUGCCCUUGAGAGCAGCGCCAACUCCUCAGACAGCUCGUCGGCCACCUCGAGCGGCUCUUCUAGCAGCACCGCCACGGGCGCGGAAGCCUCGUCCACCGGUGACUCUGGCGCCGCCGGCGUCCGGACAGGCAUGGGUCUCCUGGCCGGCGCCGUUGCUGCUGCCGCCGCUUUCGCGCUGUAA